AUGACGGUAUUGGUCUUGGGAGCUUCCGGUUUCAUCGGACCCCGCGUGGUCCGCAAGCUGGUGGAGCGCGGCGAGGACGUGUACGCCACCGACAUCAACCCGCUGCCCGACAUUCCCGGCGUGGAUGCCGGCGUGGUGCGCAGUUCGAGGGUGGACAUCACCGACUUCGAACAGGUCACCCGCGCCAUCGUCGAAUCGCAGCCCGACCGCAUCAUCAACCUGGCCUACCUGCUGGGCGGCGGCGAAGGCAACCCGCACCACCAGAUGCGCCUGAACAUCCUCGGCAUGGACAACUGCUUCGAAGCGGGCCGCCUGCUGGGCGUGAACCGCAUCGUCUACGCCAGCUCCGUGGCCGUGAGCGGACAGCAGUCCAAUUUCGGCGACCGUGAUGCCAACGAGGACGACGCGACCCAUGGCACCAGCCAGUACGCGGUGCACAAGAUCUUCAACGAGUUCCAGGCCAAGAUGUUCAACGAGAACUACGGUAUGUCCAUCACCGGCAUUCGUCCGGCCAACGUCACCGGCCCGGACAAAGUGCGCGGCUCCGUGGACCACGUGCGCUGUGUAACCCUGCCGUCCCGCGGCGAGCCCGUCAGCUUCCCGUACCAGGAAAUGAUGCGACUACCGAUUCACGUGGAGGACAUCGCCGAGGCUUUCGUACGGGUGUCCCUGGCGGAUAGCAGCGAGAGUCAGGUGUACAACUCCGGCGGCACGCCCAUCAGCCUGGGAGAUCUUGCCGAAAUGGUGCGGGGCUACCUGCCGGACGCCCAGAUCUCCUUCGACAACGAAGGCGGCCGUGAGCAUUCCGGGAAUUAUAUGGUGGACAAUAGCCGGCUGCUGACGGAGUUCGAGCUGUCCUAUCCGCCCCUACAGCAGCGGGUCCUGGAGAUCAUCAACGCGGUCCGUGAAGACGAGGGACUGCCGCUGUUGGGAUAG